UCACGUCGACGCCGACGCUCUGAAAAAUAAAAGCGUUCUAUAUAUUUUGCUCCAGUGCAGCAGCAGCAGCAGAGCCAGCCAGUAGCCAAACAGCUAAGGAAAAUUUGCAAAAACCAAAUUAUCUAAAUUCAGUUUCCAGUUCGAACUACACUCGAAUCUCAAACAUGACUACCUACUUCAACUACCCCAGCAAGGAGCUGCAGGAUGAGCUUAGAGGCAUUGCCCAGGCUAUUGUCGCCCCCGGCAAGGGUAUUCUCGCCGCCGAUGAGUCUGUCUCGACCAUGGGCAAGCGUCUGCAGGACAUUGGUGUGGAGAACACCGAAGACAACCGUCGCGCCUACCGUCAGCUGUUGUUCAGCACUGAUCCUAAGAUCUCUGAGAACAUCUCUGGUGUGAUUCUGUUCCACGAGACUCUGUACCAGAAGACCGAUGAUGGUACCCCCUUCGUUGAGGUGCUGAAGAAGAAGGGCAUCAUCCCCGGCAUCAAGGUCGACAAGGGUGUUGUCCCAUUGUUCGGCUCUGAGGAUGAGGUUACCACCCAGGGUCUUGAUGAUUUGGCCGCCCGUUGCGCCCAAUACAAGAAGGACGGUUGCGAUUUCGCCAAGUGGCGUUGCGUUCUGAAGAUCGGCAAGAACACCCCAUCAUACCAGUCGAUCUUGGAGAACGCCAAUGUUUUGGCUCGCUAUGCUUCCAUCUGCCAGUCGCAGCGUAUUGUCCCAAUUGUGGAGCCAGAGGUCUUGCCCGAUGGUGAACACGAUCUGGAUCGUGCCCAGAAGGUCACCGAGACGGUGCUGGCUGCCGUCUACAAGGCCCUCAGCGACCACCAUGUCUACCUGGAGGGUACUCUGCUGAAGCCCAACAUGGUCACUGCCGGUCAGUCCGCCAAGAAGAACACACCCGAGGAGAUUGCCUUGGCCACCGUUCAGGCUUUGCGUCGCACUGUCCCAGCUGCCGUAACUGGUGUUACCUUCCUGUCUGGCGGUCAGUCCGAGGAGGAGGCCACCGUCAACUUGAGCGCCAUCAACAAUGUUCCUUUGGGCAAGCCAUGGGCUCUGACCUUCUCUUACGGUCGUGCUCUGCAAGCUUCCGUGCUCCGUGCCUGGGGGGGCAAGAAGGAGAACAUUGGCGCUGGCCAGUCCGAGCUCCUUAAGCGCGCUAAGGCUAACGGUGAUGCUUCCGUGGGCAAAUAUGUUGCCGGCAGCGCUGGUGCCGGUUCCGGCUCUCUGUUCGUGGCCAACCACGCCUACUAAGAAGUCAACUUGCAUCCACAGCAGCAGCUAAUAAUUAUAAAUAAAGCAAAAUUGUUUUUUGGCAAAAACAUAAAAAUAUGAAUAAUAAUGAAAGAACAAUUAUGAAUUAUUAUGUUUAUUGAGACGCAAAUUUACUUUUAGUUAUUAAGCACAAAUCCUUAAACAAAAACGCAAAUGUUGAAAUGUUAUGCAAUUUCUAUAUUAUGAUUAUUGAAUAUUAUUAUUAUUAUUAUGAUUAUGUAAAGUUUCAAUGUUUUCGAGCACAGUCGUAAAUCGUUAAAUGCAACAACAAAAACAACAAGAACAGCAGCAAGAACAUUAAAUCUCUUGAGCAUUGAGAAGUGCAUAUGAAUUUUCUUACAAACGUUUGUAUAAAAAACAAAACAAUAUUUAAUGAAAAACGUUUUCUUCUUUUUUUAUAAUUAUUAUUAUUACAAAUUUAUAUUUAUUAUUAUAAGUAUAAGUGAAAAACAAAUGACGCAAAUAAACAAACACAAUACAGAAA